AUGGGGGUUAGCUGGACCACUUAUGGAAUCCAGUUAUCAUGUCUCCCUCUCUUGAUUAUCGUUUUGCAAAUUCAUGGGUGUUUGUCGCUCAAUUCUGAAGGAUUAGCAUUGUUGGAAUUCCGAGCAAGGGUCGAGUCUGAUCCAUAUGGAGCUUUAGCUAAUUGGAAUCCUAAUGACCCCAACGCGUGCGCGUGGUCUGGUGUUCAUUGUCUGGACGGUAAAGUGCAAAUGCUGGAUCUCAAUGGAUGCUACCUGGAAGGAGUAUUGGCACCAGAGCUUGGAAAUCUCUCUCAUUUACGAUUUCUUGACCUCUCCAAGAAUCAUUUUUUUGGCAUAAUUCCUCAACAGUUUGGACUGCUUACAACACUAGAAGUGUUGGACUUGAGGGAUAAUAAUCUGAGUGGAAUUAUUCCUGUAGAAUUCGGAGGGCUGCAUUCACUGAAACGCCUGUUGCUCUGUAAUAAUAUAUUUGAAGGAAGCAUUCCCUUGGAGAUUGGAAAACUCAGUUCGCUAACUGAUUUGUGGUUUGAUGAGAACCUUACAGCUGAUGUUGCCAGCGGAUGCGUAAAUAGAAAACUUGGGCACUGGUUCAAAUUUGGAGGUGAACCCUUGCACAAUCAUGGUGGUGAUUUCUGUAGCAACCUACCAAGUUCAUCCAAGACAGGUGUCAUCCAGAAUGCAGAGGAUCUAGUGAACAAUGCACGUCGUAGACUAGUUGAACAAUCAAGUAACCUUGCUGCUUUUUAUGCCAAUGUCAGGCCACCAUCAGAUCAGGUGUAUGCCCUUCCAAGCACCAGAGGUAGUGGAUCGUUUCCUGCCGUACCAAAUAGGAAGGAACUAAAUCCUCCUCUGGCAUCUUUGCCUGCUUCACCUCCACAACAGGAGUCUAAUAACAUGACUUAUCCUGCUGGAAAUUCCUCUGGUGCUGUUAAUCAACCAACUGAUAAGCAGUCUUCGACUGGUAGAAAAUCUGGAGCUUCUUGGAAGUAUAUAGUUGGGAUUUCUAGUGGAAUUUUCUUGUUCUUUGUUGCUGCAGCCAUGUUUAUCAUCUGCAGAAGCAGAGCAGCAAGAACAAUAACUCCUUGGAAGACUGGAUUGAGUGGGCAGUUGCAGAAAGCACUUAUUACAGGGGUCCCUAAAUUGAACCGAACUGAGCUAGAAACAGCAUGCGAGGAUUUCAGCAAUAUCAUUACUACAUAUGAUGAUGUGGCCACUGUAUUCAAGGGUACUUUAUCCAGUGGAGUAGAAAUUGCUGUUUUCUCAACCACUAUAACUUCUUUAAAGGACUGGUCAAAACGUUCGGAAUUGGCUUAUCGGAAGAAGAUUGACACUUUGUCCAGAGUGAACCACAAGAAUUAUGUUAAUCUUAUUGGAUACUGCGAGGAGGAUGUACCUUUUAUUAGGAUGAUGGUUUUUGAGUAUGCUCCAAAUGGCUCUCUUUUCGAGCACCUGCAUGUUGAUGAAGUUGAGCAUCUCGACUGGAACGCAAGGAUGAGGAUCAUAAUGGGGACAUCUUACUGCCUUCAAUACAUGCAUUAUCUGAAUCCACCGGUGGCACAUUCCAACUUGACUUCUAAAGAUAUAUUUUUGACAGAUGAUUAUGCUGCUAAAAUUGGAGAGGUUGGUUUCUGGGCAGAACUCGUGGCCAAGUCGAAGAGCUUGGGAGAAACUGAUUCAGAGAAUUCUGAACUUCCACCACUAGCUGAUCUUGAUACAAAUAUUUACAGCUUCGGAAUCUUGUUGCUCGAAAUAAUUUCUGGAAAGCUACUCUCUUCGAAAGAACACGGACCUAGCUUAAAUUGGGCAGCUGAAUACUUGAAUGAUGUGAGCAGCGUCGACUCCUUGAUCGAUCCAACUUUGAAAUCCUUCAAAAAUAACGAGCUAGAUAUUAUCUGUGAGGUAAUUCGAGGUUGCAUUCAACAAUAUGCUCGACAGAGACCUUCGAUCAAUGAAAUCAUUCAAAAAUUGAGGGAAGUCAUCGAUAUAUCACCGGAAGCUGCGACUCCAAGACUUUCUCCCCUCUGGUGGGCUGAACUUGAGAUCUUAUCAGCAGAGGCAGCUUAA